AUGACCAAAGGUUGCUACACCUGUCGACGACGUCGCAUCAUCUGCGACAAUGGCCAACCCACCUGCCGGAAGUGUCGAGAUGCGGGGAAGGAAUGUUUGGGGUAUCAGAAGCCGCUCGUUUGGGUCAAGGGUGGUGUGGCUAGUCGAGGAAAGAUGAUGGGGCGCAGCUUUGAGGAUGUGGAAAAGCCAUCGAACAAACCAAAGCGCCGGUCUGCUGAGGUAUCCGACCCUACGGCGCCUGGCAGUGGCUUCGGCUUUUUCCCCAUCGCUGAGUCUUCCUCGGACGCCGAAUCGCAUUGUUCAGGGAACCAGCCUAGUCCGGAGACCGAUGCAUGGGCAUUGGAGGCAUUGGAGAAUAUCUCUGGAGAUGAAGCGGCACAGGUCGAUUUCGAUACUACUGAGGACAAUGCUGUCGUUCACGUCUCGCGGAGUGCUCUUCCCAGCACCGACCAUGUUCCAGCGCCAUGGGGAUUGGUAGAUCCUCUAUUUAAAGACCUCGGCCAGUACUCGCGGUACUAUGUAUAUCAUUAUAACCAAUACAUGGUUAAUGACUUUGCGCUCUACUCUCAGUCUAAAAAUCCGUUUAGAGACAUCACAGCCCUGGUCAACCAUUCCCCGGUGCUUGCGCACAGUAUCUCCGCCCUUGGGGCCCUUCAUUAUUCGCUCCUCUCGGAGUCCGACUCAUCUCCCAUGCCGUGGUCAUCCAAAAGUCAACCAUUGGAGGACUCGCAUUUGUCUGUGAAGGAAAUUGAAGACAUAGUCGCGCCAGCAAGUUCGAGGAAACCUACGUCACAAGGAUACCAACAUUUUUUGGAAUUCAAGCAGCGUGCCCUCCGCCAAUUAUCCCUAGACCUUGGCAACCCAGCAACGCAAAAGGACGGCAGGACAUUAGCCGCCAUCGUCCUACUUGCCUUCCUGGACAUCAUCGAGUCAGGCAGCGGAGCAUGGAGCUACCACAUAGAGGGCGCAAAGAAACUCCUCAAAGACCGACCUGAAAAUGGUCUGGGACGAGGGAUCCUCGAAGACCUGGACGCAUUCGCCCUAGACGGGUGUUUAAUCAUGGAAAUCAUGGGCUCAACACUCGCCCGCCCAGGCGCGCUCUCAAAACCUUUCUACUCCUCCUCAAUGGGCCCCUCAAUCCUAAAACGCCUAGAAGAAAACUCUUGGGUCGGCUGCCCAGCCUACCUCCUCGAAGUAAUAUUCUUUGUCCACGCUCUCUGGUACCCCGACUCGGAAAUAGCAGCCGCAACCCCCCAACCAACAGCCCUCCCAACAACAAUCCAACCAGGUCAACCACUGACCCUAUCAACAUUCGCAACCCUCCUGCAAGGAAUCCGAAACUUCGACCCAAUAGCCUGGAGCGAAGAAAUGCAAGCAGUAUUCUUCAUCCCAGAUCUAACAUACCGUCUCGCCCUGGCAACCUCCUACCAAGACGCCGUCUACCUCUACACCAGUCGCGUCUUAUCCCGCAAACGACCAGGCUUUGAUCCGCCUUGGUCGGAUGUCGGUCUACCAGCUGAUCAUUCGUUCAUUGCUACGAAUCUCAUUACGCAGAUUUGUCUGAUCCCGCCGUCAGAUCCGCAUUUCAAGUGUCUUAUUUGGCCUACUUUUAUUGCUGGUGCUGAGUGUCGUCCUUCGCAGCGGAGGCUUAUUUUGGAGAAAUUGGGCUCGCUUUAUGAGGCUUUGACUAGUGUUAAUGUUAGGAAUGCUGCUUGGGUUUUGAGACUUAUGUGGCAGAAACAGGAUACUAAACGUCGAGAGUGUGAGAGUGGUGCUAAUGGCGGUGGUGGUGAUGACAUCGAUCUUAGCUUUGAUUGGAUUGAUGAGUUGGAUUCUUCUCGUCUUGACUGGCUAUUUAUCUAG